AUGGUUGUUACAGGCUUUGAGGUUGGCUACAGCAGGGCGGAGAUCUAUCUCUACCAUGCCAAUAUUAUCUAUGCAAUUAUAUUCUUAUGCUUGGAGACGCGAUGGGUUUUCGGGGAAGAGACGCAUUGUCUUGAGCAAUGUCGAUGCGACGAAAUGGAGGGAACGGUGACCUGCGAGGGUAUAACCGUCACCGAACUUCCCCAAAGCAUCCCCUCCGGUUUUGAUGUCCUCCGCAUCAAAAACGCUUCCAUAAGCCAAUUAACCCGCGAAACCUUUCGAAAAAUGGACCGCCUACGCGAGAUCCAUAUCGAGAAUUGCGAUCAGUUGGAAACCAUCGAGAAGCUCUCCUUCAAAGGAAUGCGGCGGGAAUUGACGAUCCGGAAUUGUCCUCAUUUUACCGAACUGUUGAAGGGGGUUUUCUCGGGUAUUGGCAAUGAUGCUGGGUUGAAGAUACGGGUUGAGACGCCGAUUAAGAUCGUACAUCCUGGCAUUUUACGACACGCCCAAAACAUUCGCGAACUUGUCAUCACCGGCCAGCACAUGAUCCUCGAGAAACACGCGUUCAGCUGCAUAACUCAGAUCGAUUUUCUUACCCUAACAGGUGUCGCCAAAAUGGAGCCCCACCUUUUCACGAAUUCCACUCGUUUCUAUAUGGUAUCCAUCCGUGAUUCAGCAUUUUCGAUCCCAAAAUCAGCAUUUGAUGACCUGGCCCAUGUUCAUCAGGUGCUCAUCCAAAAAAGCAAGUUGAAGCUGAUCGGAACGGAUAGUUUUGCUGGCUUGAGCACGGUCGAAUCGAUCGAUUUCUUUGAUAAUACGAUUGGCAUGAUUGAAGCUCAUGCUUUUUCGGCUAUCACGAACCUGGGACGCCUUCGCCUAGCUCGCAACACCAUCAGGCAAAUGGAUUCACCGGAAGCUGUUCUGGUCACGGCUCAUCAGAUACGCUUUGAAGAAAAUAUCGUCACAUGUUCAUGUGCAUUAAAAUGGAUUAGCGCACAUCCGGACCGACGCCUGGGCGAUUCCAAUUAUUGUGGCGCCAUCGGUGUCCACCGUACCAUCCGCAACUAUCUACGUCUAACCUGCGAUGCCCAACCAGAAAUGACCACCAAGAAAUAUGCUCAAAAUUAUAAGGUGACCGCCACCGUAUCCCCAGCCAAUCCAUGUUGUCCAACAAAUUCCAUUGUGAUACUCGUUGCUGUGCUGCUCAAGGGCUUCAACGUCCCAGCCAAUAACACGCUACCCCUCCAAGAAUGCGGCGGUGUUCAAUAUCUGACCUGCUUGAAGACGAUGGACUACGUGUCCGGUCUAGCGACGAAACAGUGCUCCACCAACAAUUGCACGCAAAACUCGCAGCCCAACAUGCCGGCCAACUGCCAAAACUUGUCCAACAGCAUCGAACAAAAUCAGAUGCAAUGCUGUUGCUACGGGGAUGGGUGCAAUUCGACACCUCCUCCACAAUACAUCGCACUUGCCGUCGCCGUCCUUACAUUCUUUUUUCCCACAAUCCCAAAAAUCACAAGAACUGUCAACGAAUUUCAUGAGGCCAUCGAAAUCAACGAUUGGGAAUGGGCGGCCGACGCGAAAAGCGAUGGAAAUGAUCAGUUCCGCUUCGAGCUAACAGACUAUAAAACGGGUGAUGCCCUUUAUGUCGAUAUUCUAUCCACUCCGAAAAACAUCGAAGCCAAGCUGUUAUUGUGGAUUAACGGCGAGAAAUUUGAAUCUGAUAGAUUGGUGGCAAUGCAAACGGGUGAUAAGCGGCAAAUACAAUGUGGACCAUUGAAAAUUGAAAUUCGUGAGCCAUUCAGAAGAUGUCGGAUUUUUUAUCGAGGCGAAGUGAAAAACCAAAAUCAAGAAUCACUUUUUCUAACCAUUGGCGGCUGGUUUAAGCCAACUUCCGAUGCCCGAUAUUUCUAUUCGAAUCUGCGCCUGGAGAACUCGAUUUCCAAAAGUCCCUGGAAAAUUUCGAAGAAUUUAUGUAGAUAUCAGAGCCAACGAAGCCAACAGGAUUUUGUGCAAUGGGGCGAAGCUUGCCUCGAGAUCGGACUUGGCGGCGAAACGAUGCAAAAGCGCUUCAGGGGUCUAAAAGAAACCAGGAGGCUUCCACAAAAAUUGACAAGAGAAGACCAAAUUUCAGUGUAUUUCCAGGACGGCCACCGCUUCUUAUGGCGUCUCUCUGACUUCGAAGAUUCGGCCAAUAAUGUUGAACACGGCGUUUAUACCCAUGUUGACUCUAAUGUUAGAGGGAUUGCCUUGAAAAGUACGGCUUCGGUUUCUUGGCCAGAUGAGGAGCAUAUCGUUCGAUUUGGAUACGGCAAAUCGAAAGAAGCUGUUUUUGCUAAAUUGAAAGUUCUUGAUGUGGUCGAAUUUUCUAAAGCAGCCAGCACUGUAUCGAGGGUUUAUAGAAUUGAUUGUGAUCAUGAAGGAUCUCGAGGCAUCGCCUUCAUAACAAUAGAAAAUGCUGAUCUAUUUGGAGAAAAGGAGAAACCGUUGCUAUUAGCAAAUGCACCAAGUUAUACCGGUACAACGGAGGAGCUUGGGCUUCAUGUCGUGCCAAUAUCCACUCGGAUGUGCCAGGAUCCGGAACUAACGGGUGGGAAAGGAUCAAAUCUUGCAAAGUUGACAGCAUUGAAGAAAGAGUUCCAAGUCCCAUCUGGUUUUGUGGUGACGACAGCGGCGUAUCGAGCUCAUUUGAAGAAAAAUCAAGGGCUGUAUAAUUUGAUAAAGCGAUUGGAGAAAGGAGAUGAGGAGGAAUUGGGUUUUUUGCUUGAACAAAUUGAAGCAGCGUUCUUUGGAUCUGAAGUCUCGAAGGAACUGCUAGCAAGCCUUGACUAUCAUUGCAAAUCCGAAUGUGGCGACGCUCGACUGGCAGUACGUUCAUCUGCUCUCGGUGAAGAUGGAGCUGACCUCUCAUCGGCAGGCCAACUAGAGUCCGUUCUCAAUGUGGAAAAAUCAAGCAUCGAGGAUGCUCUGAAGAAGUGUUGGGCUUCGAACUUCAGGCGUGAGGUGUAUUCUUAUCGAAGGAGCCAUGGCCAACCACUGGCCCCUGAAAUGGGUGUAGUUGUUCAAGAGAUGGUGGCAGAUGCCGUGGCCGGGGUGAUGUUCACUUGUGAUCCAGUACGCCGUGAUCCUACCCACAUCCUAAUAAAUGCGAUUCGUGGCGCAGGCGACGAUAUUGUAUCAGGAGCUGUCACACCGGAUACAGUUUUGUUGGAUAAAGCUGGGAAUGUGCAGCAGAAGCCCGAAAACUGCUGCCUUACGGAUACUGAUAUCGCAACCCUUUCCUCAAUAGGAAUCUAUCUAGAAACAAGUUUCGGCCGACCCCAAGAUGUCGAAUUCGUAAUUAAAAAUUCGAUUGUAUACCUUGUGCAAAGCCGAGAUGUCACAGGGCUCGAUCGAGAAAGUGAAUUUGAGUUGGCAACGGAGUUCAAUUCUGGAACUUUAACCGAUGAGGAGAUCUAUUCGACUGCUAAUGUUGGUGAGGUAUUGGCAAAACCACUGACACCACUCGGCGUCUCUGUUUCCUAUCCAGCAUAUGAGAAGGCACUUUGUAAAAUGUUCCAAUCUUUCCAAACCGGUCGUGUCCCCCUCCAUCACGAUAUGGGCUUCCACAUGUCAAGAAACAAAGUUUUCAUGAAUAUCGGAGAGUUGUACCUUCGCCAAUGGGAAGUGCUGGAAAAAGAUCCUUUGUCUGAAUAUACGUUGGCCGGUGAAAAGAUGUUGACCCCAGAGAUGUAUGCGAUUGGCAGGAAGCGGCAUACCCCUCGUCAUAAAUUGUUCCCACUCUGGAGGUUGGGAUAUAUGCUACAUGCAACACUAUGGGGUGGCAAAAACACCCUUGGAUCUGUUGAAAAUGGCGCCAAAACUUUGGAAAGCUUAAUCUCCACUUCCGGCACGCCGGAAGAAAUGAUGCGCCAGAUUUUGCGCCAAAAAGAGCUAUUUUCGCAGCUGAUUUAUGAUCAUGCCUAUAUUUCAUCAUGCUCUUCGUUUACCUAUAUUAUUGUUGCAAUGAUAAUUCGCGGUGGACCGGAAGGCGAUCUAACCUCGGAAAUGCUCUCCGAUAUUGCUACUCUUUUCGGAAAUAAUGAUUUAAGCAAAAUAGCAAAAUCUGUGAAGCGCUCACCGAUCCGCGCUGAAUUCGAGAAUGCAGAGGGCGACUUUGCACUCAAAAUUCUGAAGAGUGACCCAGAAAUUGCGCAACAAAUUGAUGAUAUUUAUGCGGAAGAGUGGAGGGAGACCCCAGAUUUAUUGGUGGAAACUAUAAAGGCUAUGCUAAACGAUCCAAAACUGGAGGAAGAUAAAGUGUUGCUGGAGAGCGGCGAAAUUAUGGAGAAAUUGAAAAACAAGCCGAAAGGCCUUGCAAAGAAAUUCCUAAAAUUCAUGGUAAAGCAGACAUAUUCGGGCGUGGCUAAUCGCGAAUUCGCCAAAAACCUCCUUGUAAAGGGCAACGUGGCAAUAAGAGCGAAUAUUCGUAAAUUGGGACAGACUCUAGCUGAUCAGGGUCUGCUACCUGAUAAGGACCUCGUUUUCUAUAUGACACUCCACGAAAUCCAGGAAUUAAUGCAAACCCGCUCUCCCAGGCUGAUUUCAAGGGCAAUGCGACGCCGAACCCACUUCCCAAAACAAUCCGACCAUAGAUAUCAUCAUGUCAUGUGGGGUUGUGUCGAACCGAUAGAAACCGAGCCAGUUGAAAAGUUGCGAGCUUUACUAGAGCUUCAAGGAACCCCGGUUUGUGAAGGGAAGGUCGUAGGAAAGGCUAGGGUCGCAAAAACAUUGGAAGAAGCUCGGGGGACGCAGCCUGGCGAAAUUCUAAUUACGAGAUUCACCGACAUUUGCUGGUCGCCGUUUUUCCCAUUAAUUCGCGGGAUUGUCACGGAGAUUGGAGGUCUACUAUCACACGGAGCUGUGGUGGCUCGAGAAUACGGUCUCCCGAGUCUGAUUGCUGUCCGUGACGCUACUGAUGUUUUCCAAACCGGAGAUCUCGUCUCGCUUGACUCAUUUAAGGGAACGAUCACCAAGAUGGAAGCU